CCAAUAAUAACUGGUAGUUGUCCGUCAGUGUCUGUUGAGUGGGUGGUGACCAGACGACCCACUCCUAGUCCUCCGUCAGUGUCCGUUGAGUGGGUGGUGACCAGACGACCCACUCCUAGUCCUCCGUCAGCGUCCGUGAGUGGGUGGUGACCAGACGACCCACUGCUAGUCCUCCGUCAGUGUCCGUUGAGUGGGUGGUGACCAGACGACCCACUGCUAGUCCUCCGUCAGCGUCCGUAAGUGGGUGGUGACCAGACGACCCACUCCUAGUCCUCCGUCAGUGUCCGUGAGUGGGUGGUGACCAGACGACCCACUCCUAGUCCUCCGUCAGCGUCCGUUGAGUGGGUGGUGACCAGACGACCCACUCCUAGUCCUCCGUCAGUGUCCGUUGAGUGGGUGGUGACCAGACGACCCACAAAGGUCACGCUUCACCACAGAGAUGGGACGAGUGUAUUGUUUACUGAUGCUGAUGACCGCGACGUUAUCCCGACUGACUGAGACAGACCAGAAUUAUCCAGUUCUGGACAGUGAAGAUCCGAGAGCAUCUGACAGCAGGGUUUCAUUGAACGUCAAAUGGAUGGCUCCGGAUAAAGCCAAUGGGAUCAUUACCAAGUACCGAGUCAAGUGGACCUGGGAGGAUGGUGCGGACGACAUUCAGGUGAACGGCACGUCCACCACCAGCUACACCAUCACCGGCCUGGCUGCCUGUAUCAACUACUCCGUCACCGUCGCGGCUGCUACGAGCGAAGGCUUUGGUGUCGAGAGUGACCCAGUCAGCAGAGUAACAAACAUUGGUGCCCCGCCAGCACCGUCAGUGACCUGCGGGAAGGUCGUCUCCCCUCACCAGCUCGCUGUCACCUGGCCUCCAGUCGACACACAGUGUCCAGUAGGUGGCUACAAGGUAAACUAUACCGGGGACGUCCUCUGGUCCGACGACACCCUCUACGACUCUCAAGAACUUUACACAACAUAUGCAGACCUGAGUGGCUUAACACCGUGGACGACCUACACUGUGUGUGUAGCGGCAGUGGUCGUUAAUGACAUUGUUGGUGCGUGGGACUGCUGCACCUCUACUACCCUGGAGGCUGCGCCCGGGAAGCCAUCAAAUCUGGAACAAACAUCGUCAACCACUAGCAGUGUUACUAUCUCUUGGACGGAGCCUGAGGAGCGGAAUGGCGCGCUGACGGAGUACCAGGUAGUCUGGCCCGACGGCUUCUUCAGCCUCUCCGCCGGCGCCACCACCUUCACCAUCAACGGCCUACACCCAAAGACGCAGUUCAAUGUCACUGUACAGGCAGGGACGGCGGUCGGCUGGGGUCCUCCAGCAAUGAUUCAAGUAACGACUAACAAGAGUCCUAACAUUGGGGCGUUGGUGGGAGGCGUUAUUGGCGGCAUUGUGGGGGGACUCCUGUUUCUGGCUGCUGUGGCCGCUGUGGUUUUCUUCAAGAGGAAAAGGAACGACAAAAAGAAAUCAACAGAAAGAAGGUCCUCACGUCCGGACAUGUCGAUGGCUCCUCGCAUCUCAACUGUCAGUUGCAGUACUUCCAAGAACGACAAACCCACAGCGUAUGAUCAACAGGGUUCGAAGAAGGAGUUAGAUCGCAGGAAGAAUUCGACUUUUGAACCCAUCGCUGUAGCCACCUCCAGGAGUGUCAAGAGCCACAACCCAUAUUACAUUCACGAAAAAAGAACUGUGAUGGUGUUGAAGGAGCACAUCUACGAGAACCCGGACGAGGACUCUGAAGACCCCAUCUAUAUGACCCUGGACUAGGGAGCAUCGGCGUCUCUACCAACUCGUGUAGUGGCCACAGUGACGAAGCUGAUCAAGGUCACCAACUUAUCCAGACUAAACUAACCUUGUCUCCAAAGUUUACAACACGCCCUGGCCACCUACCCCGACCCUACCCGCUUGCAUAGUCACCCUAGCCCCCAUCCUGGAUACCUGUCCGGCUUGAAAUACUAUCCCUUCCCCUCAACCCAGCUUUCCAACCUAUUCUAACUAUCCCAGGUUUCAUGGGAACCAACCCACCCUGGCUUUUGCUAUAUUAUAUUCUCAAAAUAAAAAUAUUCAUAAAUAAAUAGACUAAGGGGUUAAAGCACUCUGUAUCGUAUGACAGAUUUUAGUAUUAUCUUUGAAGCAAAUGAAUAUGAUUUAUAUGCUAAUUGUAUAUAUAAUAAAUAAUAUUUUAUUUUACAAUGUCAUCAUUAUUUGGAAAUAAUAAAUAAAUAAAUAUUUUAACGUGCACACAUGACCUGAUAAACACACACACACACACACACACACACACACACACACACACACACACACACACACACACACACACACACACACACACACACACACACACACAAACAAACACAAACCUUAAAUGAAGCACAAUUUACUCUCAAGACAUAUAUUAAUAAUAAAUAUUAAAUUAAUAAAAA